AUGGCGGCUUAUCUCAAUAUACCAAGGCUGCCCGCUGAGCUGCACACAUCAGCGCUAGUUCUCGUCCUUAUUGCAACUGUGGGAUACUUUACAUGCACUGCUGUUUUUACUCUCUUCUUUCACCCUCUAAGCCGAGUUCCAGGUCCAAAGCUGUUUGCCAUCUCGCCGAUUCCUCAGGCUCUUAUGCAAUGUGAAGGAUACGCCCACAAGCGUAUUCUGGCCUUGCAUAAAAAGUACGGCCCAAUAGUUCGGACGGCCCCAAAUUCCGUCUCCAUCCAAGAUGCAAACGUUUGGAAAGAGCUCAUGAGCCAUCGAAAGUCUGGGGAAAAGGAGAACCAAAAGCAUCCGAGUUUCUACGACGAUUUACUCCCGCAUAGCGUCAUCACCGCCGACUCAGAGGAUCACGCUCGUAUGCGCAAGAUCAUGUCCCAUGGUUUCUCUGCACAGGGUAUGCAAAAUCAAGAGCCGAUUAUCCGAAGUCACAUUGAUCUUCUCUUCCGGCGCAUGAAGGAACACAGCGACGCGGGGAAGCCAGUGAAUGUGGUGAACUGGUACAAUUACACCACGUUUGACGUGAUUGGCGAUUUGGCAUUUGGAGAACCAUUUGGCUGUCUUGAGACUUCGAAUUAUCAUUACUGGGUGUCCAUGAUCUUUGAGCAGCUUCCACAAGCGCAGAUCCUGUCGCAACUCCGCCGCGCGUAUCCCCUCGUAGGAUCCCUUUUAGGGUCCGUCUUGCGUCUGCUCGCCUUCAAGAAGAUCAAGGUCAAUCGAGAUCUCACAGAGUUGAAAGUGAGGAAACGCGUGGCCCUUGAAUCAAUGCGUCCUGACUUUAUGGAUUCCAUGCUGGGAGAAGAUACAGACGGCACUCCGAGGAUGAGUUUUGAGGAACUUUGCGGUAAUGCCAAUCUUCUGAUCAUUGCCGGGUCUGAAACUACUGCUUCCACGCUUGCUGGGGUGACUGCGUUAUUAUGCACCCAUCCCGAUGUACUUUCCAAACUCUGCGAUGAAGUUCGCUCAAGAUUUGCAACGGACGCCGACAUCACACUGGUAAGCGUGCAGCAGCUUGACUACAUGUUGGCAGUUCUGAACGAGGCCUUGCGAAUAUAUCCCGCGGCAGCCGGGUCGAUACCACGUGUAAUCCGCCAGGGCGGGCAAACGCUGUGUGGAUAUUAUCUGCCCGAAAACACAAUUGUUGAUGUUUGGUUUUGGACAAUGUUUCGCAACCCCCAGCAUUGGGUGUCGGCAGAAUCAUUCAUUCCCGAGCGGUGGACCGGGGAUCCUCGUUUUGACAGUGACGACAAAGCUGCCUUUCAACCAUUCUCAUUCGGUGCGCGAAAUUGCUUAGGCAAAAACCUGGCUUAUGCAGAAAUGAGAUUGAUCUUGGCGAAACUGAUAUGGAAUUAUGACAUUGAGCUGGUAAAUCAGGACGACCGAAACUGGACGCAGAACCAGCGCUUCCACAUUCUUUGGGCCCAGCCGCCACUCAACGUCUAUCUCAAAGCUCGUAAAGUUUCUUAA